CUCUCCAGGAAGGAGGUGGGCCUGGACCUCUUCUUCCCCAGCCAGAUGCAGGAGAACCUGAAGCCCAAGCAGUUCCGGAAGAUGAUCCAGCAGACGUUCCAGCAGUACGCGCUGCUGCGGGAGGAGGAGUGCAUCCUCAAGUUCCUCCACACCCUCGCCACCUUCGCCAACAUCGACCAGGAGACCUACCGCUGCGAGCUCAUCCAAGGGUGGAACAUCACGGUGGACCUGGUCAUCGGACCCAAGGGCAUCCGGCAGAUGACAAGCAAGGAGCCACCCCACAGGCACCUGGAGGAGAGGCAGUCCACGCUGUCCGACAGCAUCAGCGUGGACUCUGAUAUUUAUGCUGAAAUCCCCGAUGAGUCUUCAAGACCGAGGUCUGGAGUCCAGCUCUACGGCAUCUCCCGGGAGGACGUCACCUUGGGCAGGAUCCUGGGAGAAGGCUUCUUUGGAGAGGUCUACGAGGGAGUCUACACCACCCCAAAAGGGGAGCGGGUCAACGUGGCGGUGAAGACCUGCAAGAAGGACUGCAGCCCGGAGAACAAGGACAAGUUCCUGAGCGAGGCGGUGCUGAUGAAGAAGCUGGACCACCCCCACAUCGUGAAGCUCAUCGGCAUCGCCGAAGAGGAGCCCACCUGGAUCAUCAUGGAGCUCUAUCCCUACGGAGAGCUGGGGCAGUACCUGGAGCAGAACAAGCACUGCCUGGCCGUGCCCACCCUCAUCCUCUACGCGCUGCAGAUCAGCAAAGCCCUGGCCUACCUGGAGGCCAUCAACUGCGUGCACAGGGAUAUUGCUGUGAGGAACAUCCUGGUGGCCUCCCCAGAGUGCGUGAAGCUGGGGGACUUCGGGCUCUCCAGGUACAUCGAGGAUGAGGAGUACUAUAAAGCCUCCAUCACCCGGCUCCCCAUCAAGUGGAUGUCACCCGAGUCCAUCAACUUCCGUCGCUUCACGACGGCCAGUGAUGUCUGGAUGUUUGCUGUGUGCAUGUGGGAGAUCCUGAGCUACGGCAAGCAGCCCUUCUUCUGGCUGGAGAACAAGGACGUGAUCGGGGUGCUGGAGAGGGGGGACCGCCUGCCCAAGCCUGACCUCUGCCCCCCCGUCCUCUACACCCUCAUGACGCGCUGCUGGGACUAUGACCCCAGUGAAAGGCCCAAGUUCAAGGACUUGGUUUGCAGCUUGAGUGACAUUUACCUGAUGGAGAAGGAGCUGGCCAAGGAGCAGGAGAGGAACAACCGCCACCGGCCUCCCAAAAUCAUGGAGCCAUCCUUCCAGGAGCCACCUCCGAAGCCCAGCAGACCCAGGUACAAGCCACCACCCCAGAACAACCUCCUGGUUCCCAAGCUGCAGUUCCAGGUGCCCGAGGGUCUGUGUGCCAGCUCGCCCACCCUCACCAACCCCGUGGAGUACCAGUCUCCGGCCAACUCCCUGCACACCCCACCGCUCAACCGCCACAACGUCUUCAAGCGCCACAGCAUGAGGGAGGAAGACUUCCUCCGUCCCAGCAGCAGGGAGGAGGCGCAGAAGCUCUGGGAGAUGGAGAGGCUCAGGAUGCGGCAGGUCCUGGACAAGCAGCAGAAGCAGAUGGUGGAGGACUACCAGUGGCUGCGGCAGGAGGAGAAGUCCCUGGACCCAACGGUGUUUAUGAACAACAACCCUCCCCCGCUGCUCCCGGAGAAGGAGACGGAUUACACGGAGUUCACGGGGCCCCCCCAGAAGCCUCCAAGACUUGGGGCACAGUCCAUCCAACCGGCCCCCACCGCCAACCUGGACCGCACAGAUGACACCGUGUACAGCAACGUCAUGGACCUGGUGCGGGCUGUGCUGCAGCUGAAGAAUGAGAUCACCCUCCUGCCCCCAGAGGGCUACAUCCUCGUGGUGAAGAACGUGGGCCUUUCCCUGCGGAAGCUGAUCGGCAGCGUCGACGAGAUCCUGCCCAUCCUGCCCGCUGCCUCCCGCACCGAGAUCGAGGGGACCCAGAAGCUGCUCAACAAGGACUUGGCCGACCUCAUCAACAAGAUGCGGCUGGCGCAGCAGAACGCCGUCACCUCGCUGAGCGAGGAGUGCAAGAGGCAGAUGCUGACGGCCUCCCACACCCUGGCCGUGGACGCCAAGAACCUCCUGGAUGCCGUGGACCAAGCCAAGGUCCAGGCCAACCUGGUGAAGCUGUGCUUGGAGUGAAGGCAAGGGUGGAGAGAGAGAGAGAGGGGGAAGGAGAAGGGGUGGGGAAGGAAAGGAGGAGGAGAGGGACCCCCCGUGCUCCGGUGGACGGAGAUGGGAGGAGAGCGUUGCGGAGGAGCUGGCUUUUGUGUGUCUCCUGUGGCCUGGCCGUCCUGCCCUCCCUGUCCCCCCUCCUCCUGCAGCCGCUCGUGUCUUUAGCGUCGUCUCGUUGGUCUUCUGAAGAAGGGAGGCAUCUGGUGACUCGUCCCUGGAAAGGGCUGGGGAGGGGACCUGGCCGUCCCUGAGGGCAGCUGAAGGUCCCUCUGGCUCGGUGGCUUCCCUAGUUGCCCCCAUCUCCGUGUGUCCGUCCCUCGGCCCCUCCGAGGACAGAUGGCCGCGGGCGGCGUGUCACCAGGGGGACCUGGUGGCCGGGGGAGCUGGCAUCCCAGGGGUGGUCCCCAGGAGCGGUGGCCGGAGGGACUGUUUGCGUUUCCUUGUACAUUGUAUAGAAGAAUUUAUUUAAUGGUGGGAGGUGGCUCCAUGCACCGUGGUGGAGCCAGUUGUGGUGCCCGUGGCCGGAGUCGGACCAGUUCCAAGCCUGCAGAGCACGGCGAGGGGGGAGGGAUGGGACCUCGGUGUCCACAGCUUUCGGUGACACAAACCAGGAGCACGGUUCCUCCUCCAGCUGAGUGCCCUCCCAGCUGCUCUGUGUCAGCACCAACGGCAAAACCAAGUCUCUGUUCGGUUUGUGCUUCCCAGUUGGAAACCGUCACGGUUCGGGCUUUUCCCCAGCAUCUUCCCACAGCGCUGUUCAUUCCAGCUGAGAUAAACCAUGCACAAAAGUCC